AUGGAACCCCCUGCAUCGACGACACCGCGAUACGUUGAUGGAGCCUUGAUCACGGACGUCGAGAAGCACGGCGACAAUCCCGUCGUCAUCCGCUUGACCGACGAGGAGCUCCAUUCAGGGAAGACCAGACCAGAAACGCUGCAAGAGUGUCUGAAGUACUUCCACCGAGACGGCUUCGUGGUGCUGGAAAACGCCAUUCCCGACAAGCUCGUCGACCGCCUGUACAACCGCAUGGUGCAGGACAAUGUCGAGUUCCUUCAGAAGAAGCACAUGCACUGGAACCAAGGCGCCGCCACGGGCAAUGUCAGCCAGAUCCCACCGCUGGAACCAGAGUAUCUGGACCGCGACUUCUACGCGAAUCCUCACAUGAUCCGGGUGGUGGAGAAUCUGCUGGGACCGAAACCCGAGCUGCGGUUCAUCAACAGCAACGUUGCGUGUCCGGGAGGGACUGCACGUCAGGCUGUGCACAGCGACGUGGCCCACGCCUGGCCGGAGAUCCCGUUCGGGCUCGUCAUGAACAUCUACCUGCAAGACUCGGAUGAGAAGAACGGGGUGACGGAGGUGUGGUGCGGCACGCACAACGCCUACCCGCAGAAAGAACAGCAGGCGUUCCCUGAACGGGGCUGGAUCAAGAAGGAAUACAUCCAGGAGCGGGCCAAGGUCAAGCCGCCCGUGCAGCCCAAGGUGCGCAAGGGCAGCAUCUGCUUCCGCGACCUGCGGCUCUGGCACGCCGGCAUGCCCAACCGGAGCGACAAGCACCGCAUCAUGCUCGCCAUCGACUACUUUGCGGCGUGGUACCAGUGCCCCAUGACCACGAAGCUGCCACGGGCCAUGAAAGACAAGAUCGAGCGCGAGUGGGAGGGCAUCUCGACCGCCGGGGUCGAAUGGGUCGACGGCGACCUCAACAGCCUGGACGUGCCUUUCUUCCUCAACAUGACCCAGGAUCCCAACCUGUACCUGCUGCAGACCGAGAAGGGCUUCCAGGAUCUCAAGGGCAGGCAGACCGGGGAGUACAAGUUUGACACAGCAAAGGUCACGGAUCAGAACUACUGGACGUCAGAGACUUCGCGGUUCAAGACCAUCAUCGAGAACAACGGCCUCAAGUUCGAGAACGGCUCCAUCACCGCCCCGGAUGGCGUCGGCGGCGGUAACGGUCUGGCUGCUGGUGCUGCUGGUGCUGUUGGAAAUGCUGCGAACGGAGGAGAUGACGAGUCCAAGACCCCCAAGUCCGUCAAGCAGACUCCCCGCAAGCGCAAGGCAUCUGCAGAAGACGGCGACGGCAUCACAGCACGAGGGAGCGCCAAGAAAGGCAGUCCCAAGAAGAAGAUGAAGAGCGAGCCGUUUAUCAAAGCGGAACAAGACGCCGAAGAAGCGGGAGAGAUCGCUCUAGCCAAAGCCGCCUGCGACGCCGCAAACGCCGACGUGAAAGAUGCAAGCAGUGUCGAACAGGCCAUCAAAUCCGAGGACGGGGCGUGA